AAGAAGCGUUUGACGGCAGCUGUUUUCAGAGCUGACAUCAACUGCUCCAUGCCCGCUCCUCAUGACCUGAUGCUUACAUUUGGUAUGAAUACAAACGGUAUCUACUCCUAUUUAAAUUAAGGCAGGGUUUGAAAGGCCGCGGACGGGUAGACCGCGAUGGCGCAACAUCGCGGACCUGUCAAGCGAGCAGCAGCGCUUGUAAUUUAUGUAGUAGCAUCCUUAGCCCACAACAUCCGCCCGACAAGGGCAUGCGAGCCCGUUCAGUGUACGCAGCAAGUGCCGGGGCAAUGCCAACUGUUCUCCACUGUCUGUGUGGACCAGGGCUCUAUGCUGGUCACACAUGAUGACCGCUUUCAAAUAGAAAACGUGAAGCGGCAUGACACGCCCGGGUUUCCAUCGGUCGCCUGGCACCUGCCUGUGCGGGGGUCGACCUUCCCCGACGCGCUCGCCGGCUACAUGCCUGACUUCCUCGUGAAGAUGCGGCCAGCGAGCAAGGUGGAGCCCACACCACCCCUGCGCCACCCCACCUGGUCAAACUGCACGCUGCCUAUGAUUCUGUUGUCGGAUUACCCCUACAACAUGAAGAGUUUCAUGGUGCGGGUGGUUUCCGACGUGGACAGCCUGCUCCGAGUCAAGGGCCUGGUGCCAGACCGCAAGGCCACGCUAGUGCUGGCCACUCCCUCGGGCCUGGAUCUGGAGCCCUGGCACGCGGGACUGCUGGCGCCGUACAGCCGCCGCCCCGUCAUCAGCCUGGCGGAGCUGGGGAGGAGGUUUGCCGAGGGCCAGCCCGCUGCGUGGUCGGGCGAGGGCAUCCGCGUCCACUGCUUCGCCCAGGUGAUAGUGUGCAAACUGAAUCAGCACGAGGGCCGGCCGCCCACCGAGGCCGCCGCCGCCAUCUACACCGAUAUGGAGCCGGCGGUGCCGCGCGACCCGUUGGGGCUGGGCGCGGCGGCGGUGGCGGCGGCGGGGUCAGGCAGCCCGGACGAGGUACUGAAGGUGAUCAUCGAGGAGCGCACCGGCAUGGGCUGGCGCACCCUGCGCAACGUGGCGGAGAUCAUCAGGGCCUGCGAGCAGCUCAACGCUGCGGGCUUCACGGCAGGGCCGUUUAAGAAGAUCGUGUGCAAGGCCAUGCCGCGCACCUACACCGGCCCGGCCGCCGCGGCGCCAGCCGCCGGCGCCGUGCCCUCCGCCGACCCCGGCCUGGCGGCCCUGCGCCACGCGGUGGGGGCCGUGCGGGCGGCGCACCUGCUGGUGGCGGUGACGGGCAGCAGCGGCGCCAACGCGUUCUUCAUGGAGCCAAACAAGGCCAGCGGCUUCAUAGAGGUCCGGCCGUGUGGCUGGGGCACGACGCAUGCAGCCAAGGCCAACGACGACGUGGAUGCCAUGGAGAACCAGCUCAAGCGGGGAGACGACGCGGUCCGCUUCUUCGCCUACAACGUGGAGGACCCCGCGCAGUGCUCGCCGCCCGACUACGGGCAGACUCUGUCCCGCGCCACGCAGUCGGGCCCGCUGCCGCAGCACGGCCACCCGCUGCAGCCGCGCAACCCGCCGCGCUACAGCCCCGAGCAGCUGCUGGCGCGAGACCAGCACGUCACCCUGAGGACCGCGCCGCUCCUGGAGAUGAUCAAGCACGCCGCCGCCCUGCUGCCCGACAAGUCCGCCUAUCAGCAGGCGCGCAAUGCGGGCCGCACACACGGCUACGCGGUGAAGGAGGGGCUGCUGCUGGCGCCCGGGGGGCAGACGGACGUGGCCGCCCUGGUGGCGGGCGCCGGCGCCGACAAGCUAAUCCGCGUGUGAAGAGUGCGAGGCGGCUGGUGAUGAUGGUGAUGCUGUUGAAAGAGAGGAGGAAGCGUGGGAGGCGGAGCAGCAGGAGGGAGCGAAGCGCAGGAGGGAUUAGGCCCCGCGCCAUUACUGAUGGUGGUUGCACGGUUUUUGAAGUUUUCAUGUUUGCAUGAGCAGGAGCCAGCAGCGGCUUGAGGGACUGGCAGCAAGCGACUAGCAGGCGGAGAGCGGCAGGAUGCGGGAGGUUAUGAUGAAGGAUGAGCGCACUCGUGCAGGGGCCGACAUGGCGACCCAACCACCGGAGGCAACGACGAAGUGGAAAUCCAGUAGGCCUGCGCAAAACCGCCCUCCCCCAUCAUUGUUCCAAUGAAUCUGUAAAGUCAUUCCCUG